ACGAAUAGAUUGAGCGCUGUACGCAGGCGCAGAUGCUCGUUGCAUCCUGGGAGUCGUAUGCUCAGAACGGUAGCGCUACGAAAGGACUACAUUUCCCCAAAUGCCCGCAAAGCCUUGUGCACGCCUUCCGGAAAGAGUUUGUUACACGAGGUCUGACAGUGAGAGGCACUUUGAGCUGCUGGUGCCUUGGUCAGCGCAAUGCCCAAGGCCAAGGGCAAAACCCGGAGGCAGAAGUUUGGUUACAAUGUCAACCGAAAGCGUCUGAACCGGAAUGCUCGACGGAAGGCAGCGCCGCGGAUCGAAUGGUGAGGGGGCUGGGGUUCCGGGUGGCGGUGGGCCUCGGCCGGGAAGGUCCGCGAGAUGACGGAUCUACGAUGUCUCUCUUUGCCCGUAGCUCCCACAUCCGACAUGCCUGGGACCACGCUAAAUCGGUGCGGCAGAACCUGGCCGAGAUGGGGUUGGCUGUGGACCCCAACAGGGCGGUGCCCCUCCGUAAGAGAAAGGUGAAGGCCAUGGAGGUGGACAUAGAGGAGAGGCCUAAGGAGCUUGUGCGGAAGCCCUAUGUGCUGAAUGACCUGGAGGCAGAAGCCAGCCUUCCAGAAAAGAAAGGAAAUACUCUGUCUCGGGACCUCAUUGACUACGUACGCUACAUGGUGGAGAACCACGGAGAGGACUAUAAGGCCAUGGCCCAUGAUGAGAAGAAUUACUAUCAAGAUACUCCAAAACAGAUUCGGAAUAAGAUCAAUGUCUAUAAACGCUUUUACCCAGCAGAGUGGCAAGACUUCCUUGAUUCUUUGCAGAAGAAUAAGAUGGAGGUUGAGUGACUGGUUUACAUCACAGCUGCCCCAGGCCGAGGCCUGCCCCAGACCAGUGAAGCUGGAGUCAGGGUGUAAGGCAAGGAGGGCUGUGUGGCUCCAGAGGCGCUGGCCAGGUCCCAUGGCAUCAGAAGGUUACACACGCACACACACACGCACACUCCCUGCUCUGGGGAAGGAACUGUUCUCAGAGGCUCCAAUUUAUAUUCGUCUGGAGGUUCAUGGAAAAGCCAGAAUCUGCUGUUUUCAGGGUAGGUGGUUUUUAUAUAUAGUGUGUACAUAAUAAAACAAAGGUAUUUUGCUUCUCUGA